AUGGCUGUUUUAGUUACAGGUGCUACAGGUUUUAUCGCCAAAUGGGUCUUGGAUUGUUUGUUAAAAGAGAAUUACCAAGUUAUCGGUACUGUUAGGUCGCAAGAGAAGGGGGACAAGUUGCAUAAGCAGUUUGGAAGUCCUUCGAAUUUGAGCUUUGAAAUUAUAAAGGAUAUUUCUGAUACAGAGGCCUUUAAACCUCUUUUCAAGAAAAGACGUAAGGAAAUUGACAUUGUGUUGCACAUGGCAUCACCAUUUCACUAUAAUACUAGCGACUAUGAAAAGGAUCUAUUGACUCCUGCAGUAAACGGUACAAAGGGUGUUUUCCAUGCAAUCCAGAACUAUGGCGAUGUCAAGAAGGUCAUCGUCACCUCCUCUUUUGUUGCAAUCUUGGAUGUUGCGAAAUUUGCUGAUGGCGGCGCUGUUUUCACAGAAAAGGAUUGGAACCCUGCCACUUGGGAAGGAUGUCAGACUGACCCCAUGAAUGCCUACUACGGUUCAAAGAAAUUUGCAGAAGAGAUUGCUUGGGCGUUUGCAAAGGAGAAUAAUAUCUCAUUGACCACCAUUAACCCAGUUUUAGUGUUCGGACCUCAGAAAUUUGAUGAAGAUGUCACGACUCAGUUGAACACUUCUAAUGAGAUUAUCAAUAGGUUAAUUCGCAGCAAGCCAGGUGAUAAAAUUGAACCAGAUUACCAUUCCGUCUAUGUCGAUGUUCGUGAUGUUGCAAGGGCUCAUUUGAUUGCAUUCCAAAAGGAUACUGCUGGUGAAAGACUGGGUCUUUCCAAUGGUGGAUUUAGCUCUCAGGGCAUCCUUGAUAUAUUGAAUGAAAAGUUCCCACAGUUGAACAUUACCAAAGGGUCCGAACCUGGUAAAGGAGAUACAAAGCCCGCCGCUAAGUUUGACAACAGACACUCUAAAAAAGUGCUAGGAUUUCCAUUUAUCAGCCUGGAACAGUCAGUGUACGAUACUGCGACACAAGUUUUGAAAAAGGAAGGAUAUUUGUAG